AUGGAAGUCCUAAACCCUAUCUUAACCGGCUACGCCGUGGCCGCUCUAUCAAUUUACGCUAUUUGGUUCUACUUCCUUUCCCGAAGACUAACCGGUCCCAAAGUCUUACCUAUCGUCGGAAGCCUACCGUAUCUAAUCGCGAACCGGAGCCGAGUCCAUGAUUGGAUCGCUGAUAACCUCCGAGCCACUGGAGGUACGUACCAAACAAGCACCAUGGUGAUACCUUUCUUGGCCAAGACGCAAGGUUUUUACACCGUUACGUGUCACCCAAAAAACGUCGAGCAUAUUCUUAAGACGCGGUUCGAUAACUACCCGAAAGGUCCGAUGUGGCGAGCUGCUUUCCACGAUCUGUUAGGACAAGGAAUCUUCAACAGCGACGGUGAUACGUGGCUUAUGCAACGUAAGACUGCAGCGCUUGAGUUCACUACUAGGACUCUUAGACAAGCCAUGGCUCGGUGGGUUAACGGGACUAUCAAGAACCGGUUAUGGCUUAUAUUAGACCGGGCGGUUAAGGACAACAAACCGGUCGAUCUUCAAGAUUUGUUCUUGAGGUUAACUUUUGACAACAUUUGUGGUUUGACUUUUGGGAAAGACCCCGAGACCCUAUCUCCGGAUCUUCCAGAGAAUCCGUUCUCACUCGCCUUUGACACCGCGACUGAGGCUACUCUAAAGAGGCUUCUUUAUACCGGUAUCUUGUGGCGGAUUCAGAAAGCGAUGGGGAUUGGAUCGGAGGAUAAGCUCAAGAAAAGCCUUGAAAUCGUUGGGACUUACAUGAACGACGCAAUUGACGCUCGGAAAAACUCUCCGUCCGAUGAUCUUUUGUCGCGUUUCUUGAAGAAACGUGACGUUAACGGUAACGUUCUUUCCACUGACGUUCUUCAACGUAUCGCGCUCAACUUUGUUCUCGCGGGUCGUGAUACUUCCUCUGUGGCCUUGAGCUGGUUCUUUUGGCUGGUCAUGAAUACUCCGGAGGUAGAGAAGAAGAUCGUUGAGGAGUUAUCGACGGUUCUGAAGGAGACACGUGGCGAUGAUCAGGAGAAAUGGACGAAGGAGCCGUUAGAGUUCGACGAGGCAGAUAGGCUCAUCUACCUCAAGGCUGCUUUGGCUGAAACGCUGCGUUUAUACCCUUCCGUGCCUCAGGAUUUCAAGUACGUUGUAGACGACGACGUUUUGCCUGAUGGGACUUUCGUGCCACGAGGCUCGACGGUGACCUACUCGAUUUACGCGAUCGGACGAAUGAAAACGAUUUGGGGCGAAGAUUGUCUCGAGUUCCGACCAGAACGGUGGCUCACGGCGGACGGUGACCGGUUCGAGACUCCCAAAGACGGUUACAAGUUCGUGGCGUUCAACGCCGGACCAAGGACUUGCUUGGGAAAGGACUUGGCUUAUCUCCAGAUGAAGUCGGUGGCUUCCGCCGUACUCCUCCGUUAUCAGCUGUUUCCGGUUCCCGGUCAUCGAGUCGAGCAAAAGAUGUCGCUGACGUUGUUCAUGAAGAACGGGCUACGUGUCUACUUGCAACCUCGUGGUGAGGUGAUUGCGUGA